AGCAGCUACAAUUUGAGCAUGAAACGUAGUGUUGUAGUAACAUUUAAAUAGUAUGCUAUAUAACAACUGAUAUUUCUGAAGAAGUGUUUCUGACUUUUCUGCCCUGGUGUUGAUUGGUAACUAAUUACAGGGAUUACCUACUACAUUGAAGUAGGACAGAUUAUUCAGAAUACUGUCUCUCUUAACACCCAUCUCUGACAUGUUAGCAUGAAGAACAUCUUCAGCAUGGUUUGUUUCAUUUCUCAUCAGGGUAACGUCUUUUUUUGUCUGUGCCCUUGUAGUGGUUUUGUGUGCCUUGCACAUGCGACAGAAGUAAUUACUGGAGAAGCUUUCAGUGAAUACAAGAAUGGCAUUUAAGCCAAGAUUGUACCCACACAACUGGGCAACUGAAAACCGUAUUUCACCCUUGAAGUGAGGUGUGUUGAGGGAGAUACUAUUGACCUCAAGAUCCUUAAGUUCCUCUAUGACUGAGAGCAGAACACUAUCGAUUCCAUAUGUUUUGGCAUCGUCUGAUUUGUAAAGUGCAACCAGAAAGUGCGACGAGAGUUUUGACAGAAACUCUGGGGGCAGACUCUUGAUUGUGAAGUAAAGGAACCCCAACUUGUGCACCAAAACCUUUGAACCAAGUGGGUUGACUGUUUCACAGUCGUCAUUGUACAAAAGAAGUGGAACAGACACUUUGCUGGAGAAGAGAGUAUUCUGUUUGCAAUACUCACCAUCAUAGAAGUCUAAAAGGACUCCAUUUCUCUUUGCUGCCAGGUAAAGAUGGCAUCCAAAAUGCCAGGGAUCUCAAGCAGUUUAGUCAAGAGAGGUUUCAGUGGGACAUGAUAAAACAUAUCUUGAACUGCAACCUGUCAAACUGUCCCAGUAGCAGAGUCCCUUUUCUGCACAUAGGAGACUCCAGAAGAACUUUAUUUGUCGACUGGAGUCCUGUGGAUUAUUUUGAUGCACCCUAAAUGUGCAUUUUGGAAUGUCAAAAAAUGGAGUACAUUCACUUGCAUUGUUUAGAGGAGGAAGCCUGAAAUGAAAUCCUAAAAAUCUUAAAUUCUGUUUUGAUGAAGAAAGAAACUCAGAUACAUCUUGGAUGGCCUGAGGUGAUGGCAAAUGUGGUGAUGAGGCCUGCUUCCCCCUCUCCCUCCAUCUCUCUCCUGGAGAUAAAAGCAGAGACACGGUUGGUGCUGAAGUCUUUCCUGCAUCACUCUCUCUCUAUACCACCUGGAGAGCGGCCUGGAAGAAUAGGAGGAGAAUACAAAGACCCAAACAAAUACAGUGCUGCUCAAAAGGAGAAGAUGAAGAGAGAUGCAACUGAUGUAUGGGACUCUUUGGAUGAGGAAAUUAGUGCAGCAGAGGAGAAGAAACAUGGAAUUAAAAAUCUCAUAAAAAGAAGACUGAGGCCGCGUUCGUCCAUGAUCCGUCGUGCUAAGAAAGAUGCCAGCACUGACCAGACUCAAAACAACACCCUGGAGAAACAGUCAGGCCGCUCAGACAAGGCGUCCACAAACGGAGCACGUAGUUUACCCAGGAAAUCUGAGGAAAAGAUAUUAUCAUAUCCAUUGUCUGCAUCUGAAGAGGAGGGUGACAGAAAGCCAGUCGACAAAAAGAAGAAAAAGAAGAAAAAAAUUCAAAUAUCUGAUUUACUCAAAAGAGUGUCAUUUAAAAAAGAAGAUCCUCGUCCUCAGCGCCCCACCACACUGCCUAUAAGAGAUCCCGCAAGUUUUCCAGAACCUGCUGUUUCACCUACCCAUCCGCCUGAAUUCUAUGAUGGUGUAGCAGAAUCUCUGGGCAGAAUCGCACAGAAACACAGUGUGAAAAAGAAAUCUCCCGUUAAACCAGAGCCUGUGCCAUGUGUGUCUAAAGACAAUAGCAAAGAGGCUGUGGUUCAACAGCUAGUUCAGAUAUUGACAUCGGAAGGGGAUGCUAUAAAUGAGAAGUUAAACACCAACCCCUUCUUUCGGUCCACCCUCACCCGCCUUUCCUACCCAUCCUUUGCCAAACUCCUCGACACAUAUGCCAGUCAGAGUGAAGAACCACCCCUUCCUGCACCGGUUAGCCCUACACUGCGCCGCCUUGCCAUCACCAUGGAUGUGUCUCGGCGAGUCGUCACAGCAACUGGAGUUCAGCGUUUGACAGGGUAUGCUGAACGCUACAUGGAGAGCUUUGCCCCAUGGGUGAGGAGUCACGGAGGAUGGGGUAACAUUGCACAGUUGGAUGAGGGCCUGGAGUGUGAUUGACCUCAGUCAUUGACCUUAGAACUUUUGAAUAUGAAUUUUGGAUCAUGUAGCAUGACCUCUAUGAGGAAAAGAAGAAUUGACACUACUGAUAAUGAACUUUCUCUGCUGAUGUAUUUAUUAUUUGUACUUUCCAUGUUUUUAAAAUUUGUAUGUGCCGUUUUAUACGAAAAUACAUGAUGCAAAACUUCUGAUGCUGUUGUUGUAUUCUUAUUCAGUUUUACUUACCUUAAAAGAUACUGAUAUAGUAGAACAAUUAAGUUUAGUAAAACAAAUCACCAGUUUGUCAUUGGCAUUUCUUGAACAUUUAUUAACACCUAGCCUAGUUGAUUAUUUCCUGCUAUAGGAAAUUUACCUUGAUCACAAGUUAAAGCUGUUAUAAGGGAAUUUAACAAAGUGUGCAGUAAUACUAACAUUUACAUUCUCUACCUACAGUAAACAUUCACUGUAUUAAUCAUAUAUUCCGUUUUUUUUUUUCUUUUUUCUAAAAACUCAUUAAUUAUUUCGAUUUUACCCAGGUAACAUUGAAAUGUAUGUGUACAUGCAUAUCAUGUCCAGUAUCUCUAUUAGGCUUUUUUUUUUCCAGUCCGGUUAAACAUUCAUUACAUAUUUAUAAUUGUGUUACAAAGAGCGACUGGCAGAAUGGGACACAGGAAGGGUCAGUCCAUGUAUUUUUCAGCUCGUAAGAUUUGGCAGUACAUCAGCAUGGAGAACACCAAAGCAAGAAUCUG